AUGGCUCCUCUUAACACUUAUACGUCUACUGAGGUCUUGCUCCUUGACCAUGCCUGCAAUGACGUGCAUGAACUCGGCCGUGCGCUUUGGUCUAUCACAGUCGAUCGCUACCAUCACCGUGAUGAGUGGACGUUGACUUGCCUGGCUGAAGUGCACGGUCGAUGGGAUAUGACCUAUCGACUUGUUAGCAUUCAAAAUGCUACUACCAUCGGUCAGCUUCUCGCCGCCGAGAGGCUCAUUGAGUCACCAAAGGACGUUGCUGAUGAAGACAACGUCUUUGCCUUUGCAACUACGGGCUCGCGUCUUCCAGUUCGCACACUUCUAGGUCGUUCAUCGUUUAUCUUGCAACUCUCGGAAUUUGAUGGUAGGCCUACGGCUCAAGUCUUAUUCUCUGGAGCGAACAACAAAGGACAGGCACGGAUUCUCCUCAAUGCAUUUCAUAGUCUUUGGGAAACCCAUGGCUCAUCUCCCUUGAAUGCUGAACGCCCUGUAUGCGAGGUCGGUGGCCUCAGCUACGAGGACGUUCGCAUUCUUGAGCUGGUCAACAGCGGUAGACUUGCCCAGCAGCAGGAGUGCAUUCACGAUGUGGUUCUACAACAUGCGCUCCAGGCGCCUACACAACAUGCUGUGCGGGCCUGGGAUGGCAAUUUGACGUACCAUCAGCUCAACGACCACGCUGAUCGCAUCGCCACCAUGCUCGUGACUGCUGGUAUUGGCCCAGGUGACUUUAUCCCAUCCAUCAUGGAAAAGUCAUACUGGACCAUCGUCGUCAUCCUUGCAACGCUCAAGGCCGGCGCGGUUUUUGUGCCCAUCGACCCCAAGUGUCCCGCUUCGAGGAUCAACGGUAUCUUUCUUCAAGUCUGGCCCAAGGUAUACUUCACCAACCUCGGGCCUCAGAUGCGACGCAAGCUUAACCCCUCUGUCGCUUGCAUCGACAAUUUUGCUGAGAUUGUUCAGCAAGUGCAGCCGGGUCCACUGCCGCCGUCUCGCCCUGACGCAAUUGCAACUUGUUUCUUCACCUCUGGCAGCACAGGAAAGCCAAAGGGCGCCAUCCAUGAUCACUCUGCCAUUGCCACUGGCAUUGUUGACCUUCUAGGUCCGUUUCACAUGGAUAGUCGGACCAGCUCCAUGCACUUCGUGUCACCCAGCUUUGAUGUCAGUGUCACUGAAAUCGCUGCAACUCUCUAUGCGGGCGGUUGUAUCUGUGUUCCUUCUGAGCAGGGCAAGCUGAACGACUUGAACGGGCAGAUGAGGGCUCUUGGAGUCACACAUGCCUUUCUCACCCCUUCUGUUGCUUGUCAGGUGAAGCCCAGAGAAGUACCUACGCUGCAAUACAUCAUGCUCGGCGGCGAGCCCCUGGGUAGAGCCACUCUCGAGGCCUUGUGUGAGGACGUUCACCUCAUCAACGUUUACGGAUCUACAGAGUCAGGACUUUGGGAUACCGCCUCGGAGAGAUUGACUCUCCGCAGCAAGCCAAGUAACAUUGGUCGGUCUACAGGGCCACGAAUGUGGAUUGUACAUCCUGGCAACCCUGGCAACCUUUUGCCCUUCGGCACCGUUGGCGAGGUCAUGGUUGAGAGUCACUGUUUGGCACGCGGGUACAUUGGCAAUCAGCCCGCCAAAACCGGGUUCGCACCCGCGCCUGAAUGGAGACAUCAGCUUUUCCCCGGGAUGGAGCAAGGACGCUUCUAUCUAACGGGGGACUUGGGCUCGUAUAACUCCGACGGCAGCAUCAUGCUACACGGCCGGAAGGACAGCCAGGCCAAGAUUCGGGGCCAGCGGAUCGAGCUCGGCGAGAUUGAACACCAAUUCAAAGCGGCUCUACCCUCUUCCCAUGUCGUUGCCGAAGUUGUAACGAUUGGUAGCCGCACAAUGUUGGCUGCUUUCGUCGAGUUAUCGACUGCCGAGGACAACGCAGGCAUUGAACCGUCUGUUUGCGCUGACUCUCUGUCCAUCAGAACAGCUCAGGCUGCACGUCUGGGUGCUACUCCAGCACUAUCGGCAGCGUUACCCGUUUACAUGGUGCCCGAGAUGUACAUUCCCGUCAACAGCAUCCCUCUUACCUUGUCUGGUAAGACUGACCGACGGAGGCUCAGAGAACUGGCUUCAACCAUCACAACUGUACAGCUGGAGAUGAUCAAUGGGGUGGAUGAUGAGAAGGAGCAGCCUCGCAACGAGCGUGAGCGGCUGAUUCAGGCGACUUGGGCCGCCGUCCUGCAAAGGAAGGCUUCUACUAUUGGCAUCCAUGACCAUUUUUUCAAGAUUGGAGGGGAUUCAUUAUCGGCCAUGAAGGUCGUGGCUGCGGCGCGAAGCCGGCAGCUGACCAUCAACGUUGGAGACAUCCUGGGACACCCGACCAUUGCGUCGCUGGCAGAGUUUCUCAGUUCCUCUUCAACCAUUAGUUAUGCGACGAAGGGAAUGGUGAACAGAGAUGUCCAGGUUACAGUUACUGUCUUAUAG